AUGCAAAUUCCCAGGCAGUUUUUAGGUGGCGUGGGUGGCUCAUUUGUCCUCAUUCAGCUUUUGUUCCUCGCAAACAUGGGCUACCUAUAUGGCACCGCCUUCAACGACUCGCAGCGCAUUAAAGCCUUGAAACUCCUCUUCGUCGACUACGACCACGGCAUCAUUGGCCAAUCAGUUAGGGCAGCGUAUUCCGAACUGGAAAACUCUAAUUUUCCGACGCUAACUGAAUCUUUAUCGAUCGACUUUCCGAGCGCAAGUGACAUCCGGAAAUCCGUCUGCAAAGGUCACUACUGGGGGGCGAUUUACGUCAACCAGGAUGCUUCUUCGCGAUUAUCCACCGCGCUCGCUUCUCCGGAAACCGCGGGAACCUACGAAAAUUCCUACGCAUUGAGUUAUGUUUUCAACAGUGCGAGAUAUCCCGCCUACGCCCAAACAAUCUCUUCAAGCCUACAGAUCCUGGUCCAAGGAGCUAGAACUGGCUACAAUGCAAUCAAUGGAACCGCAGCGAUGUCUAAGCUCAACACGACCGAUCAAAACAUCGCCCAGAUCUUGCUUGACCCAAUCUCCGCCACAUAUAUUGAUAUUAAGCCGACGGCCCAGGGUGUUCGUUUCUACUACAACACCGUCUCUAUGGCGAUGGUUAUUCUGCCACAAUUCUUCUUCAUCAUGGCUCUGAACGGAAUUUCUGCCCAGACUAAAAUCUUCCAAUCCUUCUCCCUGAGAAAGAAUAUCUCCCUUCGACUCGGCUUGUCCGUUUGCUUCACCUUCAUCGCUUCAUUAUGCAUGAGCGGCUACAUCUGGGCGUUUCGAGAAGAUUGGGGUACCACAUCCAGUCAGUACGGGCUAACAUGGAUGAUCAUCUGGCUGGUCAUGCACCUGAACUUCUUCAUCAUUGAUUCAGUCACAGCGGUAAUUCCGGUUCAAUUCAUGCCAUUUUUUAUCCUCACUUGGAUCAUCAUGAAUGUCUCAAGCACUCUCAGUCCUUUUGAGUUGUCACCUGGAUUUUACCGCAUCGGAUAUGCUCUUCCCGCUUAUGAGCUCUACCAGGUCCUCCUCGAUAUUUGGACACAUGGCUGCAACCCGACUCUCUAUCGGUCACUGCCGAUUCUGUUUGCCUGGUGGCUUGUGAGCGCGGUCACCUUCUUCGCUACAAUGCGCAGGCGAGUCCUUUUGGUCUCAGCCAAGCCCGGGGAGCCUAGUAUCUCCGACCCCGAGAAAGUUGAACCUGAGGGACGUGGAUACUAA